AUGGACACAAGCGAUUUCGAUGACAUGUUGUUUGGUGAACAUGAGAUGCAGGCCGCUCCUAAUGAUACGGAAGAGGAGAACUCAGAAGAUGAGUUCCUGUUUGCAACUUCCCAACGGGGAAAUAUACCGUGGGAUGAAGCACCUCGGUAUCACCACCAGGAGCACACUCUAGGACCCAUACGCGACAGAGUUUGGGUGAUCGCUCGUAUCGAAGCGAUGAUAGAUCCCGUGCGGCUCUGUCUCGCAGACGAUCUGCCACAGCCGACGGCCAAGAACAGACUCCCGAACCGAAGGAACGCGAUAUCAAUUUUCCAGGAGCAAGUGCGCAAGAGGCAUGGAACUUCAACUGCCGCCGCGAAAGGCCUGCUGGCGGGCGGCUUUAGGUUGACUCGAAACGAUGGUCAUCAUAUCAAUGGCAUGAGCGAGAAAGAGGGGAUACUCGUUCCCAGUGUCAACGAUAACGACAAUCUCGACUUGACAGACGUGCAAUGGGUUCUCAUUAUCGAAAAGGAGGCGACCUUUAGGUCAUUGAUGAGUUCACCACGGUGGCACACCUUGGGCUCGAGCGGAAUAAUACUGACUGCGAAAGGAUAUCCAGACCUCGCUUCACGGAAAUUUCUGAGUCAAUUAGCUGCUAAGGCCCCUCAGAUCCCCAUGUAUGCUCUGAUGGACCUUGAUCCUGACGGUGUAGCCAUACUAUCGACGUACAAAUAUGGGUCUUAUCGUCUUGCGCACGAAGACGUUACAUCCACGGAUACAGCCACACCAGGCUUGCCUAACAUCCGCUGGCUCGGUGUAAAGAGUCACCACAUGAGCGGGACUCCGCUAGGCGAAGUGCACACAGAGACGAGUACGAAAUCUCAACUUCAAGGCCUGAUGAGACUGACGGCGCGCGACCGCAACAAAGCAGCGCGAAUGUUGGAGUGGAACUUGUGCGCCGAGGAGGGUCCCGAGAAGGACUGGAGGCAGGAGCUACAGAAGAUGCUUAUGCUUAACGUCAAGGCUGAAAUACAGAUACUCGACGAAAUGCCAGGUGGAUUGGUGUCUUGGUUAAGCGACAGGCUCGGGCAGACAACAGAACUGGUGCGCGUGCAGCGGAUGGAAGGCGAAAAGCCAGACGACGGGAUGCUCUUUUGA